AUGAGUCCAGGCAUCAGACCGUGGUCAUCAGUCAGUUUUGUCAUUCUCCGCCACAAGCUACGAACUCGUCAAAGAGACAGGCGAAGUCAAUCCCUUGACAAACGUUCUGCCGAAAACGGUUACACUAUCACUCCUCUUUCUGUACUGGCCUAUCUAUACACUCUUUACCCUCCUAUCCAACUCCCAACACAUCGCAACUACUCACUUGCUAACAUUCCACUCGUCAAAAUGUGUGGCAAACGGAGUGUGGCCUCAUCACACUUGCUAUUCAGCCUGACUCCUCCUCUUUCGAUCGGCGGAUCCAACUCGGGCCUCCAAUCCGGAGCCCCUCAUUGUCUCGUAGAUCCGAUCCUUCUCUUUCUGGUUGACCGAUUCCACUCGGUUCCAGUCCCAGUCUGCGUUUUGCCCCAACAGCUAUUUCUCAAGGCCCUAGAAGCACCUACACUGCCGCUUCACUGA